AUGUUUGUCGCCUCCGUCCUCGCCGUCGCCGCUCUCGCCUUCGCCUCUGGCGCCGCUGCCGAACAGCACCAAGUCACUUUCACCAACAACUGCGGCUACGGCACGCCCCGCUUCCUCUACCAGGGCAACGGGAACCCGCAGGGUGCCGCGACUAUCCAGGGCGAGCUCAACGGCGGGAUCGCGUGGCUCGACAACGGCGCCUCGUGCUCGACCAACGGCGUCGGCUGCGGCGCCGUCGAGUUCACGCUGCAGAACACCGGCUACUCGCAGGCGGACAUCACGCUCGAGCCCGAGGGCAACCACAACUACCUCUACCCGAUCGGGUUCAACUUCAUCAACGGGUGCAACACGGGUCUGUUCUGCAACAACCCGAACUGCGUCGACCAGGCGUCGUUCAGCCCGACCCAGGUCCCGCUCGUCGACUGCCAGGCCAACGACUCCGGCAUCAACGUCAUCUUCUGCUAG